AGAAAGACAAAGCAAACAAACAGACAAAAGGGAGAAAAUUUGAAAGGAAAAACAACAACAAACAAACCGGAAUAUUAUUUUUAGAUUGGAAUUGUAAAAACAAGAUGCCGGCUGCGGUAGCGGUACACGUACCCGAUUCGCCCAUAUUUUCUUCGCCGAGAUUAAGACCACCUAUCUUCUGCAAGCCAUGUCCAUCGCCGUCACCGUCACCGUCACGGACGGUGUUAUCAUUAACAUCAACGUCAACAUCACCGGUGGCUUCUUCGCCGUCUUCGUCACCUAAAUCCCCGUUAGCAAUUCCUGAGAAAGCGAAGUCCGGUGCGGCGGUGUUGAAGAGGAAAAGACCGGCGAGAAUUGAUAUUCCGGUGAUGCAAGGGGUUUGGGGAGGUGGUUUAGAGACGCCGAGGAAGGAGGAAGCAAAAAUAUCGGAAGUGAUGGAGGUUGAAGAAGAUUGUUAUUCGGUUUAUUGUAAACGAGGAAAAAGAGGUCACAUGGAGGAUCGAUUCUCUGCUUCUGUUAAUUUUAAUGGAGUUUCUAAACAGGGUUUUUUUGGAGUUUAUGAUGGACAUGGAGGGGCAAACGCGGCGGAUUUUGCUUGCAAAAAUUUGGAGAAAAAUGUUAUGGAUGAAGUGUUAAAUAGGUGUGAUAAUAAUGGGAUUGAAAUGGCUAUUAGGAAUGGUUAUUUGAGUACUGAUAAGGAGUUUUUGAAUCAGAGUGAUAGUGGCGGAGCUUGUUGUGUUACUGCAAUGAUUUAUAAAGGUGAUCUUGUGGUUUCUAAUGCUGGUGAUUGUAGGGCGGUUAUUAGUAGAGGUGGUGUUGCUGAGGCCCUUACUUCUGAUCAUCAACCUUCUAGACUUGAUGAAAGAGAUAGAAUUCAAUCCUUGGGUGGUUAUGUUGACUAUUGCCAUGGAAGAUGGAGAAUACAAGGGUCUCUUGCUGUAACUAGAGGAAUCGGAGACAAGCAUUUCAAAGAAUUUGUGAUUGCAGAACCGGAAACUCAAAUUUUAAGAAUUAACCCUGAUUGCGAGUUCUUGAUCUUAGCUUCUGAUGGUCUUUGGGAUAAGGUUACUAAUCAGGAAGCAGUUGACCUUAUUCGCCCUUUAUGCAUAGGGGUUGAGAAGCCAGAACCAUUCACAGCUUGUAAAAGGCUGGUCGAGUUGGCACUCAGGAGGUGCUCGAUGGAUGAUAUAAGUGUGAUGAUUAUUCAAUUAGGUCGUUUCAUUUCAUAAUUUACUUGUAGCAGAGAAGAAAUUUGGAUCAGAUAGGUGAUAGAUGAUAUUGCUUCUCCUGCAAUUGGUUUCUUUCAAGGAAACUUGCAGCUAUAGAAGGGUGUAGAAUAGAGAUGGCAGCUCAUUUGACAUUUUAAACCCAAUCCGUAAGUUGGCCGUUGGCAGCAGAGGCAGUGGUUUCCGGUAAUGAUAAUAGGAAGACGCGAUUAUAGGCAUUACCCCAAUAGGCAUAUCUGAGCCUUGUAUUCAGUAUUCCAAUAUACAUGCAUAUACUUAUACAAACUGUUUUCAUCUUCUCACUCAA